AUGUCAUCAACGGUUAUUCCAGGCGUCCCCGAGGACAUUCAGUUGAUCACUGGGCCCUUGCUUCUUGGGUAUCUUUUCAACUGGGGGCUGUUUGGUAUCUUGGUUCUUCAAGUCUAUAUUUAUUACCUAUCCUUUCCGAAUGACAGUCGCGUAAUCAAGAGCCUUGUUUAUGGUCUCUUCUUUGUCGAUUGUGUUCAAACUGCACUCACCACACACAACGCUUGGCAUUUCCUCUCCAAAGGAUGGGGCGAUUUACGAGUUCUCUCGGACCCCGGUUGGUCUUGGAUUGCAGUCCCUCUUUUGAGUGGAAUCGUAUCCUCUACUGUUCAACUUUUCUUUGCCUGGCGUAUUUGGGUGCUCAGCAAGUCUAUACCGCUUGCUGGCUUGAUUGUUGCCAUUGCCAUUGCGCAGGGUUUAUGCGCAAUGUACUCGGUUUGCUAUCUGAACGACAUCACUCAAAUUGCUACGCUUUUCCCAUCGGCUACAGUCUGGCUAGGAGGCUCUGCGCUGUGUGAUUUCAUUAUCACAAUAUCCAUGGUCACUUUCCUCGCUCGUGCCUCGACUGGGUUCAGCCAGACCGAUAGUGUGAUAACCAAACUCAUCCGAAUGACCGUGGAGACCGGAUUAAAGAACAAUCUUCACAUGAUUCCUGCCCUGGCCCUUGCCAAACUUUAUACCAAUACCCUCUUGGCAACGUUCAACUCUCGUUCGGUCGCGUUUGGGGGCUCAACGAGCCGAACGGAUGCCGAACGAUCAACCCAGUAUGGCGGGAACGAGUGGCGCCGACCUACCCAGACCACUACCAAGGACAGAGUACAGAUCACGACUGUGCGCGAGACUCAUGCGGACGAUACAGGCGUUCAGAUGGAGCGGUGCGGGACAAGCGAUGUGGACGAAGAAGACAACGUUUCCAAGCAUACAUUUGGUCUGGGCUCUGGACCUGAUUCUUAUCCAUAUCUGGGUAGCCAGAAAGAUAUCGAGGCCCAGCACUAA